AUGAUAUCGCAUUUCCAAACAGCCCUAGUUGCAGCGCUGCUGCUUGGAACAGCGAAUGCAGUGUCGGUUCAAGAAAACUACACGACAUGUAAUUGGGCACGAUUGAGAGCCGGAGUCAUACGAGAUGCGCUGUAUCUUGAUGGAGGACAACUUUGGUGGCAGACUGCAUUUGCUGAUGGAACCACCCCCAUUGUGAGCAGUGAUGGAAAUGUAGCUGGGGACAUGCUUCGUUUGAAUUUUUCAAUACCAUUCGAUACUACCAAAACUAAUGUGUCUGGUCUGUUCGAACGAAUGUCGAAAGCGGGUGGCGCCGGCAACAACAUUGCUCCCAAUUAUGUCGAUGGGACUAUUGGUCUUCCUCGCCUCACAGAUUCCGUCUCCGCUCAAGGCGCCGAUGCAGUCCUAGGCUACGAAGCCUUUCAACAUGGUCCAGACCAACAAAGCUGGAGCCCUGGUUUCUACCAAGGAAGUCUUCCAGAUGGUGUCACAAGAUACGUCGCAAACGGAGCUGGAGUUUCGGCGCCAAGUGAGAAUCUAAGAUUUUAUUUCAGCGGGAUGAGGUCUCCGGACUGGGGACCGACCUAUUAUGAAGAUUCCUCAGCGAACCAAACUGCGAACACCCUGAUAGAAGUUGAUAUGUCGACCAUGAGAAGUGAAAAAUGGACCAGUAAUACCCUUCCAGACCACGUCCAACCACGAGCCAAUGCAGAACUCGUCUGGAUCCCGGUAUCCGACAAAGGUGUAUUAAUCGCAGUAGGCGGUGUUACCUCACCUGAAGAGGUUUGGGCUUCAGGUCUCAACGAUUCGCAAAUUUCAGAAAGCGAGGCAGAGAGUCCGAGUUUCAUGACAUCCUUACCGGUCGACGACAUUGCUUCUGGCACAUGGUACAUACAAAACACCACUGGCGACGGCCCUGGGCAAUUGACAGAAUUCUGUUCCGUGAUGGCCACGGCCAAAGAUUCAUCCUCUUUCCACAUCUACAUUUACGGAGGCUACGAUGGGCUCAAUUCAGGUGACGUCCCAUCUGAUAAUGUCUGGAUUCUCUCCGUUCCUUCCUUCACAUGGAUCAAGGCAUACAGUGGAAACGGUUCUCAUGGUCGCUCAGGACAUCGUUGCGUCACUCCAUAUCCCGAUCAAAUGAUCGUUGUCGGUGGUAUUUACCAGAAUCAAGCUCUUUGUGUCGAAGGUGGAAUCAUCCAGAUCUUCAACCUCAACAAGCUCGAGUGGCAGAAUACCUACGAUCCUGAAACUUGGUCGGAAUAUGAAGUCCCUGCCGUCGUCUCCAAAGCCAUAGGGGGCAAUGCUCAAGGAGGCUCCACCAAGACUGCCUCCUGGUCUGACAAGGCUCUCUCUGGAAUCUUCGCUCAGAGGUACUCCAGACCAAUAACCCAUUACUACCCUUACCAAACAAACGGGUCGCCAACCGAUUCUUCUGGAGGAGAUGGCUCUGGGGGAGUCACCCGAGGCGCCAUCAUCGGCAUUGGUAUCGCCACUGCUCUCAUCUUCAUCCUGGCUUCGACCCUGAUCUUCCUUCUCGUCCGCCGCCGCCGCAUUAUCCGCAGCGGCUCAUCCGAGAAAUCCUCUCAUUCCAGCAACAGCCUGAUCUCACGCUGGAUGAACGGCGCCUCAUGUGGUCCGGGUCCAAAAUACCAAUCGACCUCUUAUCCGGAAGUCCAACAAGUCCCCUAUUCCUCGAUCGAGGAGGAGCCGACACCACCACUCCAACCGCAACGGCAUGAAAUGGCCAGCACUGAGCGUCCGAAGCCUCCGUACGAACUCGCCACGCCAUACAACAAUCUCGACCACCCCCGCCAUUCGGGCAUCGUCGACUAUGCGUACAAUGCUAACUAUGGACAUACACAUUCGAACUCAAAUUGGAAUUCCAACUCGAAUUCCCCAGGCGGAUGUCAACCUUCGCUCCUGACUGCUGGCCUCGGCGGCACCGGGCGCGGCGCAUCUGCCUCACCACUACAUCGUGUCCGAUUCCCACCACCUGCAGACGACAUCUCCUACUCAAGCCACGACUCGACAUCGACCGGGACUACCCGGAUGCUCGCCUGGCCGUUCCCCGCGAUUCAGAACUUGGGGCUCAACAACCACGCCCAGCAGCAUCAUCAUUGGCUCGGCCAUGGCCGAAGCAGCUCUGUGCAACCUAUCAUGGAAAAAGCUGAGGGUAAGGAGUCUAGAGACCAGGACGACGGCGGUGGGGAGAAAUACUCGCACUAUCACGCCAACGAGUCAGCGAGCGGCGGGAUAGGAACGUUGCCAUCCCCUGGAUUUACGAGCGAUGGUUAUGGUUCAAUGUCCCGCGAUGAAGAGCAGAGACGGAGUCCAUUUGAGACAGUCAGUCCUGUUAGUCCGAACGGUGGUUAG